UUAGUCCGUAAUCAUCUAUUAGUAAAGUACCAUCUAAAUAAGUACAUAAUGUAUUUAAAAUAUUUUCUACUUCUGUUCCUAGGAGUUCAGCAUGUUUCAGGGAAAAAGAGUUUUACAAUUGUAAUGGACACGACGAAAUCGAUGGAAGACGAAAUUUACUUUUUGAAAGUAAACAUAGCAUCCAUAAUAAACUCGAUUAAAAGUCAACAAUUCUUCGAUUAUAUAUUAAUACCGUUCGGUGAUGAAGAUGUAGAGCCACCUAUAAAGUCAUCAAAUCCUGAUGAUCUUGUUGAUAUCAUACAAUUCAUGGAAGCGAGUGGAGGGCAAGGUUGCCCUGAAAAUUCUUUAGGUGCUAUAGAGACAGCGUUGCAAGCCAGCUUACCAAACUCUUACAUCUAUGUCUUCACUGAUGCUGAAGCAAAGACUCACAGUCAACUGGAAAAUAUAAAACAACUGUGUCGGACUCGCCGAAGCCAGGUAAACAUAUUUAAAAGUGAUGAAUGCGAGCGAAAUACUUCAAAUCAAACUGAAAGAGAUACUAUUUAUUACGAAGUAACUAGAAGCUGUGGCGGAACUGUUUUUCGUUUGAAUUUAGGAAAUUUACGAGACGUCUUUAAGUACAUCAAAGAAAUAACCAAAGUCGAUUGGACUGACGUCAAUACGCACGAAGAGUUUACGAACAAUAAACAGUACACUUUGACAAUUGAUACGUACACGAAGGAACUCAUUGUAGCCGUCUCUGGAAAGUACCCGACGUUACAAAUAUCAAAUAACUUUGGAGACAGUCCUCAUAUAGAAAAACUAAUCGCGACUCAUUCGAUGCUUGUAAUUCGUAUACAAGUUGCGCAACUAGGUGACUUUACCACUGAUGUAGGGUGCCAAGGGAUUGGAGCAGUUACAUUUUACAAAAGAAAUGAAGUACAGUUUCGAUAUGGAUUCUCUCCUCUACAACCGAAUAGUCUCCAAGAAACUGCAUCACGGCCGAUACCAGGACUAAUGAACUAUAUACUGAUAGCACUUCCUGUUGAUUCAUCAUCAGAACUGGUAUCAGUUAAUAUACAAACAGCUGAUAAGCAGAUAUUUGAAAAAAAUGCACAUUAUACAGUCGAUGCAAACAAAGGUCUUUAUCUUGUUCAAAGUUAUUUUGCGCCACAGACAGCUUUCAAAAUAUUGGUAGUAUGUCGAGACAAGAUGAAUUAUCAAGAAAUAACGGGUAGCACCGAAUUUCUUCAUCCACAACAAACAUUAAAUAUUCCACGAAAAUUUACUCCGAGGGCAGAAGUAAUAAAACCAGAACAGACUUUAAUAGAUUUUGGAACUAGUUAUAAAACGGCUUGCAAAGUAUUCGGGUUUCCUACACCAGUUAUUUGGUGGGAAAAUGAUUUGGAAGAAAGAAUACCAUCUCAGAGCGCUCUACUUGAAAUGCCUUCCACGUAUAUUAGUUACGUAACAAUCGCCAAUACAACAAGGAACGGAACGCUUACAUGCAAAUGUAAAAAUGAUGAAGGAGAAAACGAAGCAUCAGUCGAUCUAUACGUCAACAGAACUUUCGUAUUCGACGUCAUCCAGUAUCCAACAGAUGAGACUGUAGAGUAUGGUACUGAAGGAAGGCUCUACUGCGAAGUAAAUGCAUAUCCUGAUGCUGAAAUAAAAUGGUAUCACAAUGAUACAUUGAUUAAAGAAACAAAAAAUAUUAUUAUUUUACAAGAUGAACAUAUUCUUUUAAUAAAAAACAUGACAUUAAACAGUACUGGAGAAUAUAAAUGUGAAAUCGAAAAUGAUGUUGAAACGAAAACGUAUGUGGCUAGCGUUUAUAUAACAGGUUUAGAAGCACCCAAAAUUAAAGUAAAGGAUUUGGAAAUCAUUUUAAAGCCAGGAGACUGGACAGAACAACAAUGCACUGUCUUGAGAGGCAUACCGACACCUGAAGUUUCAUGGAAAUACAAAUUAAACAGUGGUGACUACGAUAAUCUCCCUGAAGGCGUUUAUGUGGAUGGAAAAUCGUUAAAAAUUGCGUCAGCUGAUAAAGAACAUGAAGGUUUUUAUGUUUGUGAGGCAUCAAACAUUUUAGGAGUGGAUGCGCAAGAAUUUUCGGUGAAAGUACAAUAUGCACCGAAAAUAAAAAACGGCGAUGAAUUUAAAGAUGUCAGAGAAGGCGAUUUCGUUGUUCUGCCAUGUGACGUAGACGCUGUUCCUAAGGCAAAUGUUCAUUGGGACAUGUAUCAAGAUGAUGUCAUGGUGGUUUUCGACGAGCAUCAUCAGACCGAUGAAGAAUAUACUCAUAGGUUUUCCGCUCGUUCCAACGACUCUGGUACAUAUUACUGCACAGCAGAAAAUAAUAUGGGUCGUGCUGUAAGAACUGUUACGGUAAAUGUUCUAGUUCCUGCAUAUAUAGAACCAUUGCCAUGGAAAAAUUUGACAGUUCGAACUGGUGCUACCGUUGUAUUGCCUUGUGACGUUAGUUUCGGAAACCCUGUCCCUUCUGCGAGAUGGCAGUACGUGGCUAAUAACUCAGAUACUGUUGUAUUGUUAAGGGGACAUUCUAAAGGAAACCUGAAUUUAGUUUUAAAGGAUGUAACAAGAAGACAAGAAGGUGCAUACCAAUGUGUAGCGGAAAACGAAGUCGGACCUGACUCCGUAAUAGUUUAUCUUAAAGUGCUAUAAACAUAAGAAAUGCGAUCAUAGUUAUUCAAUAAACAUGUUUUUAAAUUAA